CAUCAACACUGCGCUGCUUGGUUCACCGUCUUGUGGGUCAGUCAGUAGGACUUGCAGUCUGAACCUGUUUGCCAAACUGGUUGGCGGUCCUCAUGGAUAUGUUUUGGCUCUGGUGGAACCUCCUUUUAGGGGUCAUGUUUUCUGGAGUCUGCCCUCAUUUAGCUCUGGCUCUUAAAUCCUCCCUGUACGCGCCGUAUCCUUCUCUUCCCAGACCUCGGCCGCAGCAGACUCUUCCCGUGGUUCAGCAGGAGCAGCACCAGCCAGAGCUCGUCAACACUGUCGGUGUGGUCUGCCACCCUGACUCUGUAGAAGUGGUAAUUGCUGCUGAUAUGUUUGCAGUUGGCGCUCCGGUGGACAGUCGGGAGCUGCGUCUUGGUGUGGAGGACAAUGAGUUCUGCAGAGCUACAGCUACUUCUGCAGAGGAAUACAGGAUUGUUGUUGGGCUGGAUGACUGUGGCACCAAACACUGGAUGACUAAGGACUCCCUUGUCUACGCAAACCUCCUCUUUUACUCUCCUCUGGCGUCCCCUAGUGGGGUAGUUCACAUGGAUGAGGCGGUAAUCCCAGUUGAAUGCCAUUAUGAAAGGAAGUAUGGUGUAUCCAGCUCUUCACUCAUGCCGACAUGGAUUCCCUUCACGUCUAUCCAAGCUGGAGUGGAAACUCUGUACUUUAGCUUGAAGCUAAUGAAUGAUAACUGGAUGUAUGAAAGGGGUGCCAAUGUGUUUUUCCUCGGUGAGCCAAUCAACCUUGAGGCCUCCGUGAGGAUUGCUCACCACAUGGGUCUCAGGGUGUUUCUGAGCAGCUGUGUGGCCACACUUCAACCAGCUCUAAACUCUGAUCCCAAAUACAUCUUCAUUGAAAAUGGAUGCUUGGUUGACUCUCAGCUUCCAAACUCGAAGGCACAGUUCUUGCCCAGGACCAGAGAUGACAAGCUGCAGUUGACCAUUGAUGCCUUCAAGUUCCACAACGACGACCGAGGACAGCUCUACAUCACAUGCCACCUAACUGCUGUGCCAGUAAAUGAUGCCGAAUCGCCAAACAAGGCCUGCACUUUCCUGAAUGGAAGAUGGAGGUCAGCUGAUGGAAACGACUAUUUGUGUGGAUAUUGCAAAGCCCUAAAUAAAGUCUCAGGCAAGUCUGGCAUGGUUGGUCCUCGUGGUUUUGGGAAGGUGGCUGCUGCUGAAUACAUGUGGCGGAGUGGGCUGAAGACUAAAAAGGCUCUGUGGGAGCAAGAGGCCAGAGUGGGUCCCCUAACUAUACUGCCAUCAGGUAAAAGUGGCCAUCUUCCUUUUGAGGAGCUGCCUAGUGUCGUCCAGAAACUUUACAGACCAAUGCUGUAUGGCAGCCACUGGAGAAGUGGAAUCUACAAAACUGAUCUGGGGAAUCCGGAAUCUGAAACUGGACUGACGGGUAACUUUGAGGAAGCUGGAUUUAAUGAACCAACCAACAAGUUCAUGCUGAAAUCCUUAGAUGCACCAAUGGCCAACGCCACCAAAUCUCAUUACACUAGCGGCACCUCUAAAGUGGAGGCUACAGUGAUGAAUGCAACCGCUACUGAAACUGACCUUUCUGAUUGAUCUGAACCAAAGAAAUAAAUUUGUCACUGGA